AUGGGAGAAAGAGACAUAAAUGAUUGGAGGCCAUUUGUGUAUGGAGGAAUUGCAUCUAUUGUAGCUGAACUAGCUACUUUUCCACUUGAUACAACCAAGACUCGCUUGCAAAUACAAGGCCAAAAACAUGAUGCAAAAUUUUCAGCUAUUCGGUACAAAGGCAUGACAGAUGCUCUUAUCAAAAUUUCAAGAGAAGAAGGAUUAAGAGGUUUAUACGCUGGAAUAAGCUCAGCAACUUUAAGACAAGCCACUUAUGGAACUAUUAAGUUUGGAACUUAUUAUUCUUUAAAGCAAAAAGCUUUAGAUCGUUGGGGUACAGAUGAAUUAGUUCUAAUCAAUAUAGUAUGCGCAGCUAUAGCAGGAGCUAUAUCAAGUGCAAUUGCUAAUCCUACAGAUGUUGUGAAAGUUCGUAUGCAAGCUGGUAUUGAAACUAACUUAACACUGUUAGGAUGUUUUAAAGAUGUAUAUAAUCAUGAAGGUUUUCGAGGUUUAUGGAGGGGAGUUAGUCCUACUGCUCAGAGAGCAGCUAUUAUUGCGGCAGUUGAGCUGCCUAUCUAUGAUUUUAGUAAAAAAGAGUUGACACCUUAUUUUGGCAACAGUAUUAGUAACCAUUUCAUAUCUAGUUUUGUUGCUAGUAUGGGUAGCGCUAUAUCUUCUACGCCUAUUGAUGUUGUGAGAACGCGUAUGAUGAACCAAAAAAGAGUUACAAAUAAAAAUGGUGUUUUACCGUCUCAUAUCUAUGCUAGCAGUAUUGAUUGUUUUGUAAAGACUUUCAAGUACGAAGGUUUUUUGGCUUUGUACAAAGGAUUUUUACCAACAUGGUUAAGAAUGGGCCCGUGGAAUAUUAUUUUCUUCAUUUGUUAUGAACAACUAAAAUGUUUUUAAACAUUUUAGAAAUAAAAUGCUGUAUAGAUAGAAAAAUUUUAAGAAUUAAAAGUUUCGCGAACCUAAUUUCGCGAGGGUUUACAAAAGGAAAUAUUCUGUGACACUUGAAAGCUGGAUAUUUUAUCAAUAAUUUAAAAAAAGUGACUGCUUGAACCGUAAUCAAAUCAAAUUUAAAAUAAUUUUUGCUGUGUAAAAUGUCUACUUAUUGAACUGUUUUGCUUGUUACUUUCAAAAUUUCUAUUAUGAACUUCAAUUUUUUACUGGUAAUCACGCAAUAAGUUAGUGAAUUUCUGUUAAUUUACUUUUAAUAUUUAUUGUGAAACUUAUUUUGUGAAAGCACUUGUUAAAGCUGUGGUUUUAUAGUCAAUUGUACAAACAAAAUGAAAGUAAAAUUUAAUACUUAUAUUUGCAAUCAGCACACAAUACUUAUGAAAAAAAUAAAUCACUGAAUUAUAAUUUAA